CCCGCCCCCUUGGCCAGGAAGCGGCCCAUUGUUGGCGGCGCCCAUGAGGCUGGAUGCAGCAUCCUGUUCUCAGGAGAUGGAACAGGUCCAGGCAGCUGGGAUUCAGGAGCAUUUUGCCGCCUUUGGCCCCCUUCUAGGUGGUCUCGUCCUCGUUUAAAGCCAUGUCCAAAUCGGUGGCCGUCCUUGCCUCCCGUGGCAGUUCGGAUUGGCAGAUCUUGGGGCUUCUAGCAAACAAAAAGGAGGGGAAAUUCUGCUCGAGGAAAUCUCUGGACUUUUCUGACUUGACUUAUGAGCCUCGCCCUCUGCUCCGCCUGCCCGGUGCCACCUUCCAUUGGGCUCGGGCGAAACGAGCCCGAUUUCCUCGCCAUCUCCUUCGAGGUUUUGUUUGCACUUGUCUUGCUGCUGCUGCUGCGACUAGCGUUGGAUCUUUGCAGAGGUGAAAUCGCCAGGCAGAGAAUAAAGGAAGAGAGAGGGGCGCUUUCCAAGAAAGAGAUCCAGAGCGAACCCAUCAUCUUUUCCACGAUGGCCCCAGGGCAGGUCCACAUGGAGGCUCCUGUUUGCCUAAUUGAGAACAUGCCAGACGGGAAGCUUGUGGUGAACCGGGAGGCUGCAGAGGUGCUUGCCAGGAUCUGCCAGCCAGUGGUGGUGGUGGCCAUUGCGGGGUUGUACCGCACUGGCAAGUCCUACCUCAUGAACAGGCUUGCCGGCAAGAGAAAAGGUUUCCGUUUGGGUGCCACGGUGCAGGGGCUCACGAAGGGCAUCUGGAUGUGGUGCCUCCCUCACCCCCACAGGCCUGACCUCACACUGCUGUUGCUGGACACAGAAGGGUUGGGUGAUGUGCAGAAGGGAAACACACAGAAUGACUCGUGGAUCUUUGCCCUGGCCAUUCUGCUCAGCAGCACCCUGGUGUACAACAGCAUGGGCACCAUUGAUCAAAAUGCGCUGGAGAACCUGCACUACGUCACUGAGCUGACAAAAAGGAUUAAAGCCAAAGCUUCCUCCGGGGAAGAUGAAGAGGAGGAGAACUCUGCCGAAUUUGUCCGUUUCUUCCCAGACUUCAUCUGGGCAGUGCGGGAUUUCACACUACAGCUGGAGAUAGAUGGAUACCCUGUAACUGAGGACGGGUACCUGGAGAAUGCCUUGAGACUGCAGACAGGUAAUAGUGAGCAAAUCCAGAGGUGCAACAUGCCCAGGUCGUGCAUCCGCAGAUUCUUUCCUUCGCGGAAAUGUUUCACCUUUGACCGCCCAGCUAGCAGGAAAAAGUUGUCCCGGCUGGAGGAACUGGAAGAAGAGGAUUUGGAGGAAGAUUUCUUGGAGCCGGUGGCUCGUUUCUGCCAACACAUCUGGGAGACAUCGCGACCCAAGACAGUUCCAGGAGGCCAAGUUGUGACAGGGAGAAUGCUUCAGAACCUGGUGAAGACCUACGUCAAUGCUAUCAACAGCGGGGAUUUACCCUGCUUGGAGAAUGCCGUGCUGGCCCUGGCAGAGAUUGAGAACGCAGCAGCUGUGCGUGAUGCCAUUUCCUGUUACGAAGAGCGGAUGGGGCAGCGGUUGAACCUGCCCACGGGCUCCGUCAAUGAGCUGCUGGCGGUGCACGCUGAGUGUGAGAGGGAAGCCACUGGCAUCUUCAUGGCCCGUGCCUUUGGCGAUGAGUUGGUAAAAAAAUCACAAGAGAAGCUUGAGCAAGAGCUGAAGCAGAAAAAGGAAGAGUUCUGCAAGAAGAAUGAGCAGGCGUCUUUUGACCGCUGCUUUGCUGUGCUGACGGAUCUUUCCCAGGAGCUAGAAGAUGAGCUCCGGAUGGGAAUUUACUCUGUGCCUGGUGGCUACCAGCGUUAUCUGGAGAAACGGGACGAAAUAGAGAAGAAAUACCACUUGGUACCUGAGAAAGGAAUUCAGGCAGACAAAGCUCUUGAAGAAUUCCUGAAAUCCAAGCAGACGGUGGCAAACUCUCUCCUUCAGAUGGACCACGCCCUGACCGACAAAGAGAAGGAAAUUGAAGCCCAGCGCGCUCAGGCCGAAGCAGCCCAGCUGCAGCAGAAGCUGUUGGAGCAGGAGCAGGCCAGACUGAAGCAAAUGAUGGAGGAUGAGAAGCGAAGCCACGAUGAACAGCUCCGGCUGUUGAAGGAGAAGAUGGAGAAAGAGAAGAAGUUGAUGGAAGAGGAAACAGAAAAGAUGAUACGGCAUAAACUCAAGGAACAAGAGGAACUGCUGAGGGAAGGAUUUCAGCAGAGGGCCAGUGAGAUGGAAGAUGAAAUCCAACGUCUCAAAGAAGAAAGUAAAAACUCCAAGGUGGCCCUUGUUCUGUCUGCUAUAGAAAAAGUUGUGUCAGCUGUAUCACCUUUAGCAACACAGGUUAUGCAGUACAGGAUGCAGAGUAACAUGCUUUCCAGUGCUCUAAAUCCUCAAAGGAGUGAAAGUGCACCACAGAGUGUAAAAAGCACACCAAGGAGUAAAAACCCACCCAAGAAUGUAAGGAGCACACCAAAGAAAAAGUAGUUCCAGCAUGGGAAUAAAUGGGGCUAGUUGUUCUUAGUUUUCUGCUGACUUCCCUAUCUUAUCACCUCAUCCACACCUUCAUUGCAGUGUUAUGUACAGAUCCGUGUUUGAAAUUCGCCAAGCGCAUUUUGCACCUGGUUACUGGCCACUUUGGGAGCAGGUGAAGGUGGAUGCCUGGGGAUCCUUAGCUCUUGCCUGUUUUAAACAUCCUGUAGAAUUCUCUGUAAUAUUUUAUCUGCACAAAUUUCAGGAACCAAAAAGUUGUAUUGAAAAAUAUGACCUUUGAGCUGCCUGGCCCCAAAAUGGCAACCAGACAUUCUGUUUUUGGCGACUGUAACCUGUUAGUAUUUCCCGCCCCCAAUGCUGCAGAUGAGAUUGGUGUAAAUCACAUGCCUGUCUGGGAAGAGUGGAGGAGCAGAAGACGGUCUUAUCUCUUCCGCUGUAUGUACUGUUUUAAGGAGCCAUUUGGCGCCCAGCUUAUAUAUCUGAGUUUCUAACUGGCUAGAGAACUGUGAAUUGUUGUGUCCAACUUGUUUUCUUAUAUGCUAUUUCUUUUCAGGCAUGCAAAGCUGUAUAGAAAAUAAAUAAAUAAAAUAAAUGACCUGGUCUCUGCCUA